UCAUUGACUUCUUUCCCGCCGCACGCAAACACAAAUGUAUGCACUCAUACCCUGAUGAACCUCAUUCACUCUGUAAGUGCUAACCCCGCCCUGCUCAGAUCUCUGCGUUGCUUCCUGAACCCGCUCUCAUGCUCUCUUCUCUCUACUUCACUUCUCCACUCUCGCUCCCUUUCACCCCUCAAAGAAAGACCCACCAACUGGAACACAACCCACACUUUUGUUCGAACGAACCCGCUUCUCUCGCUCUUAGAACAAUGCCAAUCCUUGUCCCAGUUGAAGCAAAUCCAAUCCCAAAUGAUCCUCACUGGCUUAUUUUCGGAUGGGUUCGCCCUUAGCCGGCUCAUCGCCUUUUGCGCGAUCUCCGAACAGCGAAAUCUUGAAUAUUGCACCAAGAUUUUGUACAAUGCGCGAGACCCAAAUGUUUUUUCGUGGAACGUUGCUAUUAGAGGGUAUUCGGAAAGCGAAAGCCCUGAAAAAGCGGUUGUGCUGUACAAGGAAAUGCUGCGCAAUGAAGGUUCGAGACCGGAUAAUUAUACUUACCCUUUGUUGCUUAAAGUUUGUGCUAGUUUAUCCUUGCAAUUGAUGGGAAGUCAGAUUAUCAGUCAUGUAUUAAAGUUGGGUUUUGCUUUGGAUAUAUACGUGCACAAUUCGGUGAUUCAUGUGUUAGUUUCAUGUGGAGAAUUGGGUACAGCACGUAAGGUGUUUGAUGAAGGCUGUAUUAGAGAUUUGGUUUCUUGGAACUCCUUGAUUAAUGGCUAUGUUAGAAGUGGGUUGGCAGGUGAGGCAUUAAGUCUCUAUCGAGAAAUGGAAGUUGAAAGAGUGAAGCCGGAUGAGGUUACGAUGAUUGGGGUGGUUUCUUCAUGUUCCCAGCUAGCAGAUCUGAAUUGUGGUAGAGAAUUUCAUCGGUAUAUUGAAAGAAAUGGGUUGAAUUUUACACUUCAACUUUCUAAUGCGCUCAUGGAUAUGUAUAUGAAAUGUGGUAGUCUUGAGGAGGCACAAGCAAUAUUUGAUAGUAUGACGAAGAGAACAAUUGUCUCUUGGACUACUAUGAUCGUGGGCUAUGCCAAAACUGGGUUUCUGGAUAUCGCGCGGAAGUUUUUCUAUGACAUGCCAGAAAAGGAUGUUGUUCCAUGGAAUGCAAUAAUUGGUGGUUAUGUUCAGGCCAAGCGCAGCAAGGAAGCUUUGACUUUGUUUCAUGAAAUGCAGGCUAGCAAUAUCAAGCCUGAUGAGGUGACCAUGGUUAACUGUUUAUCUGCAUGCUCACAACUUGGAGCGCUUGACUUUGGGAUCUGGAUCCACCAUUACAUAGAAAAACACAAUCUCUUUUUGAAUGUUGCCUUGGGAACUGCACUAGUUGACAUGUAUGCCAAGUGUGGGAACAUCAAAAAGGCUCUCGAGGUUUUCCAGGAGAUGCCACAGAGAAACUCACUGACUUGGACAGCCAUUAUCUGUGGCUUAGCUCUUCAUGGGAGUGCACAUGAUGCUCUCUCUUUCUUUUUGGAAAUGAUUGACAUUGGGUUGGUUCCAGAUGAGAUCACCUUUCUUGGGGUCUUAUCUGCUUGUUGUCAUGGAGGUUUGGUUGAAGAGGGUCGGAAGUAUUUUGCUCAAAUGAGCUCCAUAUUCAAUGUUUUUCCCAAGCUCAAACACUACUCCUGCAUGGUGGACCUUCUAGGUCGGGCCGGUUUUCUAGAAGAGGCAGAACAGCUUAUUAAAUGCAUGCCAAUGGAGGCAGACGCAGUUGUUUGGGGUGCAUUGUUCUUUGCUUGUCACAUGCAUGGAAAUGUUACGAUGGGAGAACGGGCAGCUUCGAAGCUUCUUGAGUUGGAUCCUGAUGACAGUGGAAUUUAUGUUUUGCUUGCAAAUAUGUAUGGAGAAGCAAACAAGUUUGAAGAGGCUAGGAAGGUGAGGAAGAUGAUGAUGAGGAGAGGAGUAGAGAAGACUCCAGGUUGUAGCUCGAUUGAGGUGAAUGGCAUUGCCUAUGAAUUUAUUGUUCGGGAUAAAUCACACCCUCAAUCUGAACAGAUUUAUGAAUGUUUAGUUCACUUAACAAGACAAUCGGAGCUAGUUGGAUGCAUAUCGUGAAACAGUAAUUCCUCUGUAGUGCCGAAGUUGGCAAGCAAAUCUGAAUUAGCAGGAUAGAAAUGUUGGGAAGGUUGUGGAAGGGGAUGAGAUAUGGAAAAGGUUUGACCUUGGCUACUUGAAUGAAGAACUACCCUUUUUAACCUAAGGGUCAUUUCUAUUGAAUGAUUGGCAUUCGCUAAUCUUUGAGCUUAAUUGUAGCAACUUUACAAGCACGAUUCAAUUGUUAAUUAGCCCUUGCACCAAAGUUUGCACUAUGUCGAUAGUGAGCUCCAUCUCAGUUACAUUCUUUUCCCAAGUGUUAAACUCACUGGGAGGCUUUGUGAGGCCUACUUUUUAGUCAGAUGCCUUUUAUAUUUGGUAAGUAUUGUGUUGCAUGAUUGCAGCUGUUUGUGAACGUCGUAUGCAAAGUUACCACAUUUCCUGUUUUAACCGAUAUAAGAGUAAUAUAAGAGUAAUUGUGACAUUGUCCAAGACUUUUCAGAGAAAGGCUUGUGGUUUUUUGUAACAGCAAUGCUGCAUCCUAAACAGCUCCUGCUCUGAUUUUGUGGCUCAAAGGUUGUGAUAUAAAACCCGAAAGCUUGUUGCUUUUCUGCCCCUAGAAGGGAUGAGAUAUAUCCCAGGGUUAUUUGUCAAACUCCAGCACAGGUCUUGAACAUGGAAUGUCAGAUAUAAUUUUUAAGAAGCUGGAAUUUCACAAAAGAUCAGGAUCUAAACAAAAUCAAAUCUUGUGUUGUGGCAUUUGAAUGGAAGGCCAGGUUCGUCAUUUAAGUUGUACCGAAGAUCCAAAGAAAUUGGACGUCUAUUGAAAAAUGGUUUGCUGGUGUUAUAGCACCUGGUAAACAGCCUGGUAGUCGACACAAAGUUGCAGAUUGGGGUGGUGAGCAAUCCAACGGUUUGAUUCAUAUCUGCAACAGGAGGAGGUUCAAAUCAGUUGGUGUUGCAGGUCUUUUACCAGGGGUUCUUCAGGGUUUUCUCUUCUGGAAAUGUACAUUUUCUUUUUAUGCCAAUGAUCCUGUCCUGAAUAUUGCAGGUUGGUAUUAAUUAGUAGUACAUUUAUUGGAAGAUGCAUUUUGGUAUUCCGCUGUCUUUUUUAUUUUGUAUUUAUUUGUAGAGUAUAAAUUUGAGUUAAUGUCAAAUUUCCACGU